AUGGAGAUGCAUGGUGCAGAACUUUCCACAAGCAAACACAUGGUAAACCGAACAGCUGUGACUGAAUUCAUCCUUCAAGGAUUCUCUGAUAUGCGAGAUCUACAGAUUUUACAUUUUCUGGUGUUCCUCACUCUCUACCUAGCAACCUUGAUGGGAAAUUUCCUCAUCAUCAUAACUGUGGCCUUGGUUCAUCAUCUUCACACCCCUAUGUAUUUUUUCCUGGCUAUCUUGUCAUCAGUAGAUGCCUGUUUCAUCUCCUCCACUGUUCCCAAAUCCAUGGCCAAUUCCUUUAUGAAUGACAACCAGAUUUCUUUCUCAGGAUGUGUCAGCCAGCUCUUCUUUGUUGUUGCAUGCACUACUGCAGAAGUUUCCCUGCUCACUGUCAUGGCUUAUGACCGCUAUGUUGCAAUCUGCCAUCCUCUACAAUAUAUGUUGAUCAUGAACUGGAAUGCCUGCUUCCAAAUGGCAGCUAUGGCUUUGGUCUUGAGUGUAAUCAAUGGAAUGAUACAAACAGCAAACACGUUUAGGCUACACUUCUGCUGGUCCAAUGUAGUUGAACAAUAUUUCUGUGAUAUUCCCCAGUUGUUAAGGAUAUCUUGCACAGAUACCAGAUUCAAUGAGAUCUUCACGUUUGCCUGUGUUCUUACGUGUGAAGAUCCUCUAAAAGUGAACAAUGAGGCACAUGGGUGCAUUCAAGAGAUUACUGAGUGCAAAAUGUACAACCAAACCUUUGUGUCAGAGUUUCUGCUCCUCGAAUUCUCAGACGUUCGAGAUCUGCAAAUUCUGUACUUUGUUGUGUUCCUGGUCUUGUACUUUGCAAUUGCUUCCGGGAAUCUGCUCGUCAUCUCUGCAGUAGCCUACGAUCAGCAUCUGCAUGUGCCCAUGUACUUCUUUCUGAUGAAUUUGGCCUUGCAGGACUUUGGUCAAGUCUCAGUCAUUAUUCCUAAAUCCAUGAUCAAUUAUUUCAUGAAUACCAGGCACAUUUCUUAUUCAGGAUGUGUUGCUCAGGUCUUCUUCUUUCUCUUUUUUGUAGCAUCAAAUUUCUUCCUCCUCGUAUUCAUGGCCUAUGAUCGGUAUGUUGCCAUUUGCAAUCCAUUACACUACAAGAUGGUGAUGAAUACACAAACCUGCAUUCAAAUGAUUGCUAGUUCAUGGGCUAUUGGCAUUGUUUAUGCAGUGUUACACACCAGAGGUACAUUUACAGUUACUUUCUGUUCUAAUAUUGUCAAUCAGUUUUUUUGUGAAAUCCCACGGUUACUUAAACUGUCCUGCUCUGAUCUAUAUCUAAUAGAAAUCAGAGCAAUUCUGUUGACUAUUGUCAUCAUUGGUUUUGCCUGUUUUGUCUUCAUCAUUGUAACCUAUGUGUACAUCUUCACUGCAGUGCUGAGAAUUCCCUCUGUGCAGGGAAGGCAAAAGGCCUUCUCCACUUGCCUUCCCCAUCUCAUUGUCUUUUCUACAUUUCUGUUUACUGGAACUUUUGCCUAUCUGAGGCCCACUUCUGACACCCCGUCAUAUCUGGAUUUAGCAUUAACUAUUUUAUAUUCCAUGCUUCCCCCGGUGCUGAAUCCAGUAAUCUAUAGCAUGAGAAAUAGGGAAAUUAAAAAUGCUAUGUUUAAAUUACUGGGAUUGAGGCACCCUUCAAUGAAUAUUUUUUCCAAUUUUCUUCUGUAA